GCCUUUGUGAAAAACAAUGGGGAAACCCCAGAAGAUUGCAGAAAUGUUUCCUAGCUUCAGAACUGUUCUCUAGCAUGAGAUGUAGCAGAAGGGUCCACUAACUUUGUCUGACACUCUUGUAAAUAUUGGGGGGGCAUGAAAAAUAUACAGCUGUCUCAGAAAGUAGCUUCAAACAUGCUCUUGCUGGUGUCCAAAGAGCAUGCUUUUAAACAGGCCCAGCUCCAGAUUUUGCAGGGCCCCUGGGAAGAUUACUGAGGAUGGAGGCAGGGUUGGCAAGGGGCCACAAUCUUCAGGUCACCUGGAAAGAUGAUGUGAUCCGGAUUUCCAGAGAUAUAUCUUAUGAAGAAAAAACAGCUGUUGGCAGAAGAAAAAUCAAAGUGCAUAAUUCUUUUCUGAAGCUUGGGGUCAACGUCUCCAUGAGUUCUGUUCCUAAUGUUGCCCUGUUAGCAUCUGGUGGAGGGUUGCGGGCCAUGAUUGCACUUCAAGGGGUUCUGGGAGAACUUCAGAAAGAGGAUUUGUUGGGUGCUGUGAUGUAUCUCUGUGGAGUAUCAGGUUCUACCUGGUGUAUGUCAUUCAUCUAUGAACAUGAGGAAUGGAUGGGAAAGCUCCCUAUUUUGGAAACAAAGAUGUGUGACAAUCUUGUAAAUAAAUCAUGGGAUCCCAGCAAAUCCCUGGAUGCCCUUGUAGAACCAAGUAAAGAGAAGGCAUACUCAUUGACCGAUUUCUGGGGCAGUGUCAUUCUCUAUGCAAUAUUGCACGAGGCAAAUUAUCGUCAUUUGUCCAAGGAAAGGAUGGCCUCUUUUAAUGGGGCAGUUCCUUACCCCAUCUAUGCAGCAGUGGAUUCAAACAAAUUAGAUGACACCAGUAAAACCCAUCCAGGUAUCUGGUUUGAAUUCACUCCCCAUGAUGCUGGAUUCUUUCACCCUGGUGCAUUUGUUGACAUGAGACUGUUGGGCAGCACAUUUGAGAACGGUGUGCUGAGAAAACUGAAGAAUGAAAAAAGCAUUUCUUACUUGAGAGGCUUAUGGGCAAGUUCAUUUGCACAUCACAAAGAAAACAUCAAGGAAAUAGAAGGUUAUAUCAAACGCCUGGGAGAACAAGCUUCAGCUUCCAGUUCUCACUGUAAAUAUUGUCAGGCUGCUUCACAUGCAAUAAAGCUCCUGAUUCAUGCCAUGGAAGGGACGACACGUGAACAUCAGGAUGAAAACAUCACAAACAUCAUGGAACUUCUUAAAGAUCAAGAAGGCAGCAAUAUCUGCAACUUCCUCAGUUCAUUGAAGGGUAAACGCAACACUCUAGACAAGCCUGAAAGAGUGGCACAGUUUUUGACACUGGCUGACAUGUUUACUCAAGAAUUUUCAGCUAGGACAUCUCCAUUCACACAUCAUGAAGAAACAAAGAGAAGUAUAUGGGAUACAUUGAGAAUACUGUCAAAAACUGUUUAUUGCCUCUUCAAAUGGAAAUGGGGGACCAUCUCCAACUAUAUUUACAAAUACCCCAGCCUUAAAGACAAGAAUCUCACAGGCAAGAAAGAACUUCGUUUGGCCGAUGCUGGUAUAGCCAUGAAUUCUGCUUAUCCACUGGUACUCCGUCCUGAACGGGAAGUGAAACUCAUUCUUUCCUUUGACUUCAGUAGUGGAAAUCCUUUUGAGACUGUCAAAGAAGCAGCCCUGUAUUGCAAGAAAAAUCAUCUUCCUUUUCCUGAUAUUGAUGUGUCAGAGUUGGACAAGAGUAAAGACAGUCCAUAUGACUGCUACAUUUUCCAAGGAUAUGAUUCUCCAACUGUCAUGCAUUUCCCACUCUUCAAUACGGUGAACUGCAAAGGUAAAGUAGCUGAAUGGAGAGAACAAUAUUCCACCCUCAAAGUUUCUUACAAGGAGCAGGAGGUCAAAAACCUUCUAGAAGCAGCAAAAGCAAACGUGAGGAAUAACAGAGGAAGAAUCCUGCAGGCGAUGAAAAGCAUGCAGGUUCCUUAACAGCUUUUCAUUCCAAUUUUGAGUUUGGAGGUUCUGGUCAACAUUUUCCUUUCGCCUCUUUUCUAAGUGGGAGUUAUACUCAGUACCACAUGAUUCUUUGCCGCAUGCUUCUAAUGUCUCCUCUAGAAAAGAAUAUUUUCUAAAGAUAAAGUCCCCCCCCCCAUGGCUACUGUAUUUUGCCAUGAAUGUUGCCUUUUUCUUCUCAGUUGCUUCACAUUUUAAAACACAUUCUUCUUUGUAUUAUAAAGAGUAUACUUUCCCCCCACUUUUCUUAAUCCUAACCUUUUCUUUGUAAAAAAACAACAACCAUAUUAUUAAAAAUUAAAGUUUUUCAACAACAUUGAUGACAACAGGUCAUCAAGGAUACAGGGAACAUGAAUUACAAAAAGACAUUUAUAACAUACAAAAACUUUUCUGAUGUUUUUAAAAGCAUACAGAGAGUAGAUUUCAAAAAUGGACUUUAAAAUUAAAAGGUAAUAUUUUGCUUUAUGAAAUUUAAUAAUUUUCACCCAGUUGUUAUGGGAAGGAAAGUAUAUAUUAUCUUGUAGAUGUACUUUUCUGUUAAGUAUAAUUUUUCUGUUUUAAGUACUAAUUAGAAUUUGCUGAUUAAUUUCUUCCUAUUGCACCAGGCGAACAAAAAUUGUGUACCAUAUGCAAAAUAAACAGAAGGAA